UUUUAGCUGGCAGUCUUCCCAAAGACGGUUCCAUUAGCAGAGGAAAAGUCGCUGUUUUUAGUAUUUUUGUUGAAUUUGACAAAAUGAGAUUCUCUUGAAUAAUUAGGAUCAAGGAAAUUUUAUUUUUUCGUCAAAUUUCAUCCGUCAAUUAUUAUCGUUUAUCAAGCAUCCUGGUCACAUUAGAGAGGUUUUUUCUGCUUAUGGACUGAGAAAAAUCGGUCACUGCCGAGAGUAGAGAGGUGCUCACAUUAGAGAGGCUUAUCUACAGCUAAAUUAGCUCCGUCGGAUCCAGGCCCGUAGCCAGCGGGGUGCCCAUUGUGCGGGAGCAUACCCCAUAGUAAAAAUUGCUAUUUAACUGCUAUGAAAACAAUCACAUUUGAUUUCUAAAAGAAAUCACUGGCGAGAUAAGGUUCAAGCUUUCACCUCUUCUCAAAAGACUUUAUUAAGAAUGACAAGUGAGAAGGUAAAGAAAAAGCUACUUCGGUUGCUUAAAUGAGUUGUGGCAAGAGAUAUCUACAUUAUUUUCGCACGCUUCAUUGUUAAAGGUCUUUUUGCGUCCUGUUAAUUUUCUGGACCGGUCGUUGUCGUACAGUCGGCUAUACUGGAAUUAGAACCGGUAGAACCAAAAAAUAAAAUACAAGAAAACUGGUAUAUUGAUUUACAUCUGUAGUGCACACCCCUUAGCAAAAUCCUGGCUACGGGCCUGAUCGGACUGCAGACUGCCCACUAUGAAGAGAUGCCUACAUAGGGAGAUUUUACUGUAUAUCUGUUUUUCUUCUAGAACAGCAACACGUCCAUCCACUGGAAAAGCAAUGAAACUUGGUACAAAAGGCAAAAAUGUUGAAUCAUUUGUUGAUCAACUCAAAUCAGAAGGAGAAGUAAUAGGAAGCGCAACGGCAACAGCAACCCAAACUAAAACGAAACAACAAAGUCAAGCAUUACCUACUGUUCAAAAAGACGAAAUACAUAUAAAACAAGAAGAAAAAUUAACUGUGCGUUGUGGUCGCGAUGGGGGUGUAGAAAAUCUAGAAAUUCAUGGUAUGUUCAUGUUACGUAUAAAAUCAGAAGAACAUGGAAGAAUAUUUGUCGCAAUUCAAAAUAAUGAAGCAAGAAAUAUACAACUUCAAACUCAUCCAAAUAUUGAUAAGAAAUUAUUUGUCAGUGACUCAGUGAUCGGUUUAAAAAAUCCAGAAAAACCCUUUCCCGCAAACCAAGAAGUUGGUGUACUAAAAUGGCGUUAUCAAUCAACAGAUGCAAAAGAAAUUCCAUUAACGAUUAAUUGUUGGCCAAAUGAAACAUCCAGUGGAGGAUGUGAUGUUAACAUUGAAUAUGAACUACAGAACACAAAUCUAGUAUUAAAAGACGUCAUCAUUUACGUUCCGCUCCCUUCGGGGGGUCAAACUCCUGUUAUUGGAAGAAUUGAUGGCGAUUAUAGUUUUGAUAAUCGAAAAACUUGUCUUUUAUGGUCAUUACCUGUUAUUGAUCAAUCAAAUUCAGAAGGAACAUUAGAAUUUUCUGUGCGUGGCAAAACAGCUGAUUUUUUCCCAGUUAAAGUUGAAUUUGUAUCCGAAACACCAUUUUUUGAUAUCAAGAUUGCUGGUGUUAAAUCUGUUGACACUCGUGAAUCCGUUCCUUAUUCAAGUGAAACAAGCUUGGUUGUUGAAAAAUAUGAAUAUGUUUAA